CCAACAUGGCAGUGUAUUCGAAAACUAUUUUUCGUCUUUAUGCGGAAUAGUGAUGUUAGUAUGUAUAAGAAAUAAACAUUUUACUGAUACUUUAUAAAAUGGUCAUGUUCAAAUAAUAAAAAACAUUGUAUAAUACUUAUAAGGCAACGUAUAGUUGAAUAUAUGAUAUUACCAGACGGGCUCUGCAACAUAUCUGAUUAGCCAUCAUCAAUUCUUCAUUGACCAAGUCACAACCGACUACCAAGUUUGAAUCUUGUAACGGUCGCAGGGGUAGAUGGAUCCAGUUUACUUUUUCUACACCCACUCUAACCUUCUGUGUGUUUAUAUUUAUGAUCUCUGAUUGUGUUAAUUAAAUUGUAUCCUUUCUUAUAUCGGUUACACUGAUGACAGGCUUGUUCAGUUGGUAUUCACAAUAUCAGAAAAUAUAUGCAAACCAAUGAUGGAGGAUACAAAUGACUUAUUAGUAUGCGCAUCAGAAUUCAUAAAAGAUCGACUAUAUUUUAUAACAUUGAAGACGAUGACAAAACCAAAGAGUACUCCAAAUACUCAUUAUUUCAGUAUUGAUGAUGAAUUGGUUUAUGAAAAUUUUUAUGAUGAUUUUGGUCCAUUAAAUCUUGCUAUGUUAUAUCAUUAUUGUCAAAAGGUUAAUAAAAAACUAAAAGCAGUAACAUUAAGAAAAAAGAAAAUUGUGCAUUAUACAACAAUGGAUCCAGCAAAACGAGUUAAUGCUGCUUUCCUUAUAGGCAGUUAUGCUAUAUUAUAUUGUAAACAUACAGCAGAAGAAGCAUAUAAUUGUUUAACUAAUAAUCCUGAUAGUCCAUCAUUUAUAAUGUUUCGAGAUGCUUCUGUUGGUACACCAUGGUUUGCAAUAUCUUUGAUUGAAUGCCUUAGUGCCAUAUAUAAGUGCCACAAACUUGGAUUUUUUAAUUUUCAAGACUUUUGUGUUAAGGAAUAUGAAUGUUUUGAAAGAGUGGAGAAUGGAGACUUAAAUUGGAUUGUUCCUGGUAAAUUUAUAGCUUUUUGUGGUCCUUAUGCUAAAUUUAAAAUAGAAAAUGGAUAUCCACUUCAUGCACCAGAAUCAUAUUUUAGAUAUUUUCAUUAUAACAAUGUAACAACAAUUAUACGUCUCAAUAAAAAAAUUUAUGAUGCUUCCAUCUUCACAGAUGCAGGAUUUGAUCAUAAAGAUUUAUUUUUUCUUGAUGGUUCAACUCCAACAGACUCCAUUAUGCGACAGUUUCUUAAAAUAGCAGAAAAUGCAAGUGGUGCUGUUGCUGUACAUUGUAGAGCUGGGCUUGGUAGAACAGGUUCACUGAUAGGCUGUUACAUUAUGAAACAUUAUCAUUUAACAGCUCAUGAAACAAUUGCAUGGAUACGAAUAUGUAGACCAGGUUCAGUAAUUGGACAUCAGCAGGAGUGGUUAGAGAAAAAAGAAGCAUACCUUCAUUCUUUACUAGAAGAACCAUUGAAACCUCAGAAUGGAAAUCCAGUUCAUGAAUAUGGAAUAUAUUCUAUAAUUGGUAGACCGAAGAUAUCAUUUUUGUCUAAUCUAAAAAAUGCUCACUUAAUGCAAGAUAAUGUUUCGGGAAUAAUGCAUUGUGUAGAUGGAAUUACAUUAGAUGAUUAUGCAAGUUCCAGUACAACUAAAUAUACAACUUUAACUCAGGGGGACAAAUUGAAUCAAAUUAAAGCUAAAAGAAAACGAUUACCAACAAAUCAUGCUUCUCUUAAUACAGCUACUAGACCAUCAACCGUAGUAAACCCUUACUUAAGAUCGUUAUUACAAACAAGAAGUCAGAAGAAUACAAUUAAUACUUUAGCUGGAAAUAAAGGAAAAGAUUCUACAAAAAGACUUCUACCUAGAACCACUACAACAAAUAUUGCUAAAAGAAAUAGUUGGUUAGUCAAUACGUGCGAUACAUCCCCGCGCGUUAAGACUACUAAACCAACAACACGACUUCAUAAUAUCAACAACACAUCCUCCAGUACUCGUGUUACUUCAAUCCCUGUAACAAAACCAGUGACAAGGGCCAGUAUAAGAACUUCCUGCAUCACAGAAACUCAAACAACAAAUUCGUCUGCAAACAGUUUGAUUACACAACCGCAGCGAGGCAUGAAUAUGAUCCUCAGGUCUGCAGAUCGAGUAAAUCGCUAUCAUUCUCUAAGACAUGCACGUACGACCAAAAGUUAUAAAACUGCAUUUAUCAGAUGACUAACCGAU